AUGAGGAAAGAGGGAGGGUUCAGGGUUUGGGAAGCAGGAGCGAGCGGGUGGAGUUCCCCUCCCCUUGAACGACCUCCGCCAGGCCGCGCAGGUGCACCCCCAGGCGUGCACGACCAGGUGUGCACGGCCAGGUGUGCACGGCCAGGUGUGCACGGCCAGGUGUGCACGGCCAGGUGCGCAAAUACGUACAUGAGGGGGGUGAUCAAGCCGGGCAUGCUCAUGACAGACAGACAGACCUCUGUGCGCAAGUACAUGAGGAGUGUGAUGUAUCCCGGCAUACUGAUGACGGACCUCUGUGGGUCACUCAGUGCAGUUCAACUUCCCACUCCCCUCUCCUGGCCCCCUUUCUCUCCGCCCCCCAUCCCUCCCCAGGUGCGCAAGUACAUGAGGAGUGUGAUCAAACCCGGCAUGCUAAUGACGGACCUCUGUGGGUCACUCAGUGCAGUUCAAGUUCCCACUCCCCUCUCCUGGCCCCCUUUCUCUCCGCCCCCCAUCCCUCCCCAGGUGCGCAAGUACAUGAGGAGUGUGAUCAAACCCGGCAUGCUAAUGACGGACCUCUGUGGGUCACUCAGUGCAGUUCAAGUUCCCACUCCCCUCUCCUGGCCCCCUUUCUCUCCGGCCCCCAUCCCUCCCCAGGUGCGCAAGUACAUGAGGAGUGUGAUCAAACCCGACAUGCUAAUGACGGACCUCUGUGAGACGCUCGAGGACACGGUCAGGCGCCUCAUUGCCGCCAACGGGCUGCACGCCGGCAUCGCCUUCCCCACCGGCUGCUCCCUCAACUGGGUGGCAGCCCAUUGGACGCCCAAUGCAGGAGACAAGACAGUACUGCAGUAUGAUGACGUCAUGAAGCUCGACUUUGGCACGCACAUCAAUGGGCGCAUAGUGGAUUGUGCCUUCACAGUGGCGUUCAACCCGCAGUACGAUCAAUUGCUGGCAGCGGUCAAAGACGCCACCAACACGGGAGUGCGCGAGUGCGGCAUCGACGUGCGCCUGUGCGACGUGGGGUGCGCCAUUCAGGAGGUCAUGGAGUCGUAUGAGGUCACCAUCAAUGGCAAGACCUUCCCUGGUGAGCUCAGCCACGCUCGUGUCCUUCCCUGCCUUGCAGCAGCACUGACUUCUCCUGCUUCUGUUGUCUGUCUACGUCUCAACAUCCCCUCCCCUUCUUCCCCCCCUCCCCCCCCUCCCCUUCCCACCCCCUCCGCACCUCCCCACCCCCCUCUCCCCCUCCUCAUCCAUGCAGUGAAAGCGAUUCGCAACCUGAACGGGCACAGCAUAGGGCCGUACCAGAUCCACGCGGGGAAGAGUGUGCCGAUCGUGAAGGGCGGGGAGGCGACGCGCAUGGAGGAGGGGGAGCUGUUUGCCAUCGAGACGUUUGGGUCCACCGGCAAGGGCUACGUGCGCGAGGACCUCGAAUGCUCGCACUACAUGAAGAACUUUGACGUGGGGCACGUCCCUCUAAGGCUGCCACGUGCCAAGCAGCUAUUGGCCACAAUAGAUCGCAACUUUGGCACGCUCGCGUUCUGCCGGCGCUAUCUGGACCGCGUGGGCGAGACCAAGUACCUCAUGGCGCUCAAGAACCUCUGCGAUGCUGGAGUGGUGCAGCCGCACCCGCCAUUGUGUGAGACCAAGGGCAGCUACGUGGCUCAGUUUGAGCACACACUCAUCCUGCGCCCCACGUGCAAGGAGGUGCUGUCACGCGGGGAUGAUGACUUCUAG